CUGGCAAAGAGAUAAAGACACUACACAGAUCACAAAAUUAACAAGCAUUCUUCUCUGCAAAUGAAGAUAAAAAAACUAGGAUUUUUUUGUCAAUACACAAUGAACAAUUCCUUGCUGGAAAAUUCAACGUUUGCAAACGCAACCGAAGCCUCCAAAUGCAUUCCUUUCAGAAAAGAAGAUUCUAUCUCCGUGAAGGCCACUAAAGCCGCAUGCUACAUAGUUCUGAUGUUGCUUUCUUUUUUCGGAAACGCGGCGGUCAUCGCCAUUGUUGCCAAAACCAGGCAGAUGCGGACCACAACGAACUAUUUGAUCGCUAACAUGGCAGUGUCAGAUUUGCUUCUCUCUGCAUUUGCGGUGCCCAGAGAAAUGACGGAGUUGUUCAUUGGUUUUCAAGGAUGGUUGUUCCACGGUCUGUUCGGUGCCGUUCUUUGUAAAACUGUUUAUUUUUUUCAAGACAUUUCAACCGCUGUAUCGAUACAAAGCAUUGUUGUCAUUACGCUUGAUAGAUAUGUAGGGUUAGUGUCGCCAUUUCGGAAGCCUUUUAUAGCUCCACGACGACGCAAGGUGGUGAUUGUUUCCAUCUGGUUAAUAGCGAUGAGUCUGCACGGCAUUUAUCUUUACAUUUAUCGCGUGCAGAGGGUGAAUGGUGCGAAUGCUUUGGAAAAGCGGAAGUCCUUUUGGCGAAAAUGUUCCUCUUCUCUGCUAAAGAGCCGGCAGAAGGAGAAUACUCAAGUCAUCAAAAAAAUUUUAGCGAUUAUCUGUUUGUUUAUGAUCUGCAUUUUACCCAUUGAUAUUGUAGGUUUUUUAUUUCUUUUUGCAUGGCACGAGGGAAUCCCGUGCGGUAUGGACAAUUUAAGCUUCGCAGUCAAGUUUAUUUUUUACUCCAACGCCUCUCUCAAUCCUUGCGUUUAUUUCAUCUUAAAUGAAAGAUAUCGCCAGGGUCUACGAAACCUCUUCAAAGGCCACAAAUGGUUCGCACAGGAAAGACAGUUAAAAAGCGUCGAAAUGACCACAUUUUAA